AUGGUUGCAAGAAGUGAGAAUCUUGAUCUGAGGGUGGAAAAUACAGAGAAGAAUAGCGAGAAACUUGAGAGGACGGUGGAAGAUACAACAAACUUUCUGACUCUGUUAUCAAGAGUUGGGGGAUACGGCGGAGGAGGCCGAGAGAGUCGUGUUUACAGAUGCAAAACUUGUAUGAAAGAGUUUUCAUCGUUCCAAUCUUUAGGAGGCCAUCGCGCAAGCCACAACAAACACGUUGACAACAGCAGCAGCGACGAACAGUUGUCGUCACUUUCUUCGGGAUCCAUCGCUAAGAAGAAGACCAAGAACACAAGGGAACAUCGUUGUACGAUAUGUGGCUUGGAGUUUCCGAUGGGACAGGCUCUUGGUGGUCACAUGAGGAAGCAUAGAAACGAGGAAGAAACUAGCGGCACGUUGGUCACACAAUCUUUUUUUCCUGAGGCGGCGACUACGACAUUGAAUAAAUCGAGUAGUGGGAAAAGUGUUGCUUGUUUGGACUUGGGGUCAGAUUCUAUGGAGAGUGGCAUCAAUUUGAACUUGGAGUUGGGAAGCAUCAUGUACUGA